ACUAGUGUAGUCACCAUGACUUGACAAUCCGUCCUGAGACCCUCAGAGCCUAAAUGAGCCCCCGCUACUACCGUUAGUCAACACCUACACUUGACAGGUGUACGCGUUAGUCGUUAAAAUGUUAUGACCGACACCGUGAGACAGCUGUCAGACUAAAACGUCCACAGUUAGCUCAAGUUUUAACCGUCCUUGCUGUCGUGUCGCGGUAACGGUUAGCUUAAUAUGUGGGUUUUCGGUUACGGGUCUCUGAUAUGGAAAGUGGAUUUUCCUUACGAGGAAAAGAGAAUUGGUUACAUUAAAGGCUUCAGCCGUCGGUUUUGGCAAGGCAGUACCGACCACCGGGGAGUACCUGGUAAGCCUGGCCGGGUGGUGACACUGGUGGAGGAUCCUGAGGGGUGUGUUUGGGGUGUUGCCUACAAGCUGCCGACGGGCCGGGAGCAGGAAGUGAAGAGCUACCUCGACUACCGAGAAAAAGGUGGUUAUCAGGUCAUCACUGUGACCUUUCACCCCCGUCCACCACUCUCUCCCCCGCCCAACCAGACGCUGCUCUACAUCGGCUCUCAGGACAAUCCGAACUACCUCGGCCCUGCCCCUCUGGAGGAUAUAGCCAAUCAGAUCAUCAACUCUACCGGUCCAAGCGGGCAGAACACGGAGUAUCUCUUUCAGCUGGCUGAUGCUGUGAGAACAAUUCUGCCUGAGGACUCAGAUACGCACCUGUUUUCUCUAGAAACUUUAGUAAGAGACAGAAUGCACAGUAGGCAGAAACACUCACACACUCAGACAGGUUGAUUGUGAUUAGAUAACAAAUUAGACUUGAUCAAUAAUACAUACCAGGCUUGAUUUGUCAAAUAAUCUCAGGGUUAAAGAUGUUCAUGGAGCCAGUAAGGAUAUUUGUCAGGUGCAGAAAUUAUGUUGACAAAGUCUGUUUGUAGUGUCACACACCACAAGUAAAUGUCAUGUUAGUGCAAAUAAUAUGUAUUAAAAACUGCUUUAAAAUAAAAAUGUAAAUUACAUAAGGCACUGUGGAGUGAUCACAAAAUAUGCUUCGGAUAAACUUGUCAUUUUAGUCGUACAACAUACAACAGUACAAAUAAUGUUAUGGGUGAAUAAUUUAUUCUGAGUGGAUGCAUUUACAUUUACAUAUACAUUUAGUCUGUUUGAAUGAAUUUUUAAACAUGACAACAUCUGAUGUAUGUGUGCACUGCUGGGUAAAAUAUAGAGCCCAUGUAAUAAUUCCAGUAGGACCCAGAGCAGUAUUAUUUCAUUAUGUUCCUUUGCGGUUCAUUUAAAGCCCUUAAAAGCUUGUGAGAAAAGCAGUCACCAAGAUGUAACCAACACUGAUGUAACCACAAUUUGAUUACCCCACCUUCUGGAUCUGAUAUUUUAGAUUAUUUCGAUCAGUGGUUCCCAACUGGUCAGUCACGGUCUAAAAGUGUGUGGCGGGUCCACUCUGAAUGGGCCGUGAGUGGCUUGCAAAGUAUGAUAUGAUACUAAGAUAUUAAAGUUUCUAAACGCGACAGUCUGAGCAUUAAUAUAGCAGCAAACAACUGUUUCAUAUGUAAAGAUACAGUGGAGUAAUGGCGUCCUGACCAAAGUAUGAAGUCAUGCUUCUCUGUGGGUUGUCGUGGUGGCCGAUCCAGCCACACGCACAUGCUAGUGCAUGUGAGUACCUGUGAGUGUGUCCCACUGGCCAGCUAAUAGCAGCCACUCUGCACUGCACUCACACAGCGAUUAGCACUAAUAUUGGUACAGCUUCAACACGUAGUUUCCCUCCUGGUUAACAAUGUUAGCUCUGUCAGCACUGUUGCCAUUGUUAGCACAGUAAAUGGAGUUGGCACAUACGUAGACUGUAUAUAAAGAUGGACAACAUGUCUCUAUUUCCUCUUACUGUACAAAAAUGAAGCCAAAAUACCCCAGAUAUGUAUGCUGCCAUCUUGCGCUGAUGACAUAAUUGGGAGCCACAGUCUGCGCAGUUUGUGCGAAGCUCCCGCCCACACACCUGUCUUUUUUUUUUUUGAUGUUUACUUUUGACUUUAUAGUUUUUCCUGUGUCCCAUCCACUAACAUAGAGGGGGCGGGGUUUAUGAUCCAUACUGCAGCCAGCCACCAGGGGGCGAUAAAGAUGUUUUGGCUUCACUUUCUGGGACCUGUCACGACGUCCAUUUUUAUCAUACAGUCUGUGAGUUAGUACCGUAAGCUGUUAGCUACCUGCUUGCUCAUGCGCAUGUCUAUAACUGUGGGUCUGCAGGAGCUCUCAGGUGUUGCAUGGCGAUGAUACUGCCCAGCUCAGCCACCUCCACGUUGAGAACUGUGUGCAUCUGAAUCGUAGAUAUGCUCUGAAUGUUGCGUACAGCUCCUUUUAAAAGGAGCCAGACAAUUUAUGAUGCUGUUUUUCAGUCUCUAAAAACAUCAUGACUCAUGUCCACAUUUUUAUUUUUAAUUUACCAGAUUGAACAAGUAGGUUAGAAAUCUACUUACCCAAAGUCAAUUUUUACUUGCCCCUACUCAACUAGUUGCAGUCCUUACUGUUGAGCCCUUCACAAUAAAAGCUCCUUCCAAAGUUACUAGUUCAACCAGUUAGUCCUGCUUUGGCAAAUGUCCUUGAUCUCUCUCUGUCACAUGAUAACCUAGUUUCAGGGCAGGUAUCAUCAUUAUCAAGUGUAAUCACACUAUCACACAGCGUACAGCCACACAAGGUUGUAUUUAACAGCCACGCUUCCUCUCAUUCUGCCAGCAUACGUCUCAGCACAGUGAACAUACCAAAGUCAACAGCACUGCAUCAGAAAAAAUCAGCAUGCAGAAUAAAAAUGGUGACAGCUCUA